GAACGAAAACCACGGGCUCGGGGAAUCGACUUGUUCCUUACCGCCUUCCCGCCAACCGCUAAACUGCCUCUAUGGUAGGCCCAAUCCGACCCGCGACGUCGGCGAACAAUGCCUUUAUCGAGCCAGCAUGCGGAAAACAGCCAUAUUUGUUUCGACUUCAUCCUAUACAGCACGAGUUCGUCCACAGCGCAGACUACAAGAGGGCUUCGCCCGCCUCUCUUGAGGUCGUGUAUGCUGCUACUUUCGUUACAACUUAAGUCCAGCAUCCUAUUCGGUCUUCUUUUCACACCUACAGCGUCAUGGGGCUACUCGACGUGACGGCCGUAAUGGGGUUUACAGACCCUGCCAGACUCCUAGAGAACCUGCUCCGGAUCAUAUGGCCGCUCAUCUUGGCCCUGCUCCAUGUGUGGGAUCACCUCGACCGUCGACGCACAGCCCGCCUCGCCAACCGGUACCGGCCGUUUGCCGUGCCGCCGGCAGAGGAAGCCCGGUAUCGCACGUCGGACGUGAGCCUUGUCGUGCCGACCGUCGACUGGGACCCCGACGAGCUGGUCCGGAACGUGCUGUCGUGGGUGGCCAGCGCCCCGCGCGAGGUCAUCUUCGUCACGACGCGCUCCGCUGCGCCGCGCCUCCGCGCCGUCCUCCUCGGCGCCCCCGAGGUCCGGGAGGCUGCCUGGGCUUCCGCCACCGACUUCUACGUGGUUACGACCCAGCGCCCCAACAAGCGCCUCCAACUCUGCCGCGGCUUCAACGUGGCGACGGGCCGCAUCCUCGCCCUCGUCGACGACGACGCCACCUGGACGACCCCCCAAGUCCUGACGAACCUGCUCGCGCCCUUGAACGCGGCCGACGGUGACGACGUGGCGCUCGUCGGCGGGCCCAUCGGGUCCUACGUGCCCUCAGCGCGGCGCGACGCCAAGGUCAUCACGGCGUGGGAGGCGGCCGCCCUGCGGAUCCGGUCGCGCCGCGCGCCCGGCAUGCGGGCCUUCUUCGUGGCCGACGGGUCGACCAACUUCACCGUGUCCGGGCUGACCAUGCUGCUGCGCGGCGAGGUCGCUCGCGAUUCCUACUUCCAGUACCUGUUCAUGAACGACCAGUGGAACGGCGUGCCCCAGAAGACGGGCGACGACGGCUUCAUCACCCGCUACGUCUUGUUCCAGCAUCACUUACCACACCACCAGCACCGCCCAGCCAAGCCCACCGGCGGCGACCCACCGAAGCGCUGGCGGCUCGCCAUGCAGCUCGUGCCCGACGCCCUUGUGCUGACAUCGCUCAUAGCCGACAGCCGCUCCGCGGCGCAGAGCAAGCUGUGGUACCGGACCGGACUGCGCCUGCGCCUGACCUGUCUGCUGUUCGAGCCGGGGUUCUGGUGCAUGCGGAGCACGGCGCCGUACAUGACGCGCAAGAUGGCGGCGGGGCUGCUCCAGCCGCUGUUCACGCUCGUCUGGGCCGUCGCCUGGUGGCAGACGCUGCGGGUGCUGCCCAUUUUGGCGUGGGGAACGCUGCUCUGCGGCCUAUGGGCCUGGACCGUCAGCCUCUCGGACUUCCUACGCGAGCACCCGUACUGCUGGCGCAAGCUCUGGGCGGUGAUGCUCGCCGACCGCGUCACCCUCAUCUCGGACUGGUACUCGUGGCUGACGCUCUCGACAGAGUCGUGGGGCAACAGGUCGAGCGUCGCCGGCGCCGAAGCGCCCGCCGAAGACGUCCCGGAGGACCCGGGCGCACGGGAUGAUGCCAUCGUAGCGGUUUGCCGGCGGAACCUUGCUGAGUAUGCUGUCCGUAAGUAAGCCUUUGGGUGCGGUGAUGCUUCAGGCCUAGGAUCUCUGGUUUCGUCGGUAGGUAUGUGAGCUCUGUCAGAUUCCUCGGGCAUUCACCGUGAACACCCACACCGGGUGGGAUAAGAAGAACCACUCUUAGCAGUAAACAGUAGCUAUAUAUCUAGACUGGCCCUCUAUAGAGC